AUGGCAUCAUACAAGGUUUUCCUCAUUGCUUUCUUAGUGAGUAUCUCUUCCUCUAUUAUGAUCAACACUUGCUCAGCCUCACGCCAUCUUCUCCAACAACAACCUCUUCCUCAAAUUCCUAACAUGCCUAUCCCGACUAUGGGACUACCUCCAUUGCCUUCAACAUUGCCACAACCAACUCUUCCGACCAUUCCCACUUCGAUCCCUCCAUUGCCAUCAACUUUGCCAAAACCAACACUUCCGACUAUUCCCACUUCAAUCCCUCCAUUGCCAUCAACUUUACCACAACCAACACUUCCGACCAUUCCUACUUCAAUGCCAACUUUGCCUUCAUUUCCGACAACAAUUCCAUCUCUUCCGGCAAAUUUCCCAUCCAUUCCGUUUUUCACUCCACCACCUUCGACAACUACAUCAAGUCCUUAA